GAGAGAGAGAGAGAGAGCCUGAAUGGCAUUAUGGGGUGAGUAAGGGGAGAAACACAGGGAAGUUGGAUAGUGAGGAAGUUUGGACGUCAGCAGAAAGUGUAAAGUGUCUAGGCGUGGUUUGUCCACCCAGGAGAUGGGACUCAAGAAGGUGUCUCUAACGAGAUGACUCCAGCAGCCACGUGGCCCUUGGGAUUACAAGCAGCAGAUGACGGGUAAAGAGAUUACAGAAAAAGAGCCUGCUUCUUGAACCUCACUCCCCCUGUUGUGACAGUAGAGAAGAGGAACCUUUCAGCAGGCGAUCGGUCCGUUCAUUUUCUGCCUUUUCUCCCCCCUUGGUUGGAGGUUUCUGGCUUGCCUACGACGGGUCAUGAGAUAAAGGCGUUCUCUUUACUUCAAACAGGAACUAACUCAGAUCCUCGCUGCUUGUGGGUUGCCCACUCAAAGGGCAGGUGUGGACUUGGAUUUGGGGCAACGUUUGGCUGGGAGAGCGGGAGCUGGAUCACUGGAGUCAGUGGAAUAAAGUUUAGGCUCCUGCAUGCCUAGCAUAUGGAAGUAAGAUAACGAGACUCUGGAUUGUACUGUCCAUAACAAGGCUCUCAAAUGACUUCUUCCGUCCGGAAAUGAACAACAUCCUCCACUCCAUCAUGCUUACCAAAUCGGGGCUUUACUUCACCGUGUUCUUGUUGACACUUCAAGCCAGUCAAACUAAAGACCUUCAGGACCAGGCUCUUCCGGGCCUGAGAGACGUGAAAUACCGCCACUUCCUGGAAGCUCCUCGCCCGAUGGAGCCGGCCAGCGUCAGGGCGCCGCAGCACCGGCCGCGGAGCCAGAGGUCGGCGGCGGCGCUCAGCACGGGGGUGAAGGUCUGCCCACAGGAGAGCAUGAAGGAGGUGAUCACCAGCCACAGGGCUUACUACAAACUCAGAGUCUGCCAGGAGGCCAUAUGGGAGGCGUUCCGGGUCUUCCUGGAGAGGGUUCCUAACUCGGAGGAGUACAGUACCUGGCUCUACACCUGCCAGCAUGAGAACCUGUGCAUGGAGACCCUGGCCCUCAACUUCAGCCAAUCCCAGGAGCACCUUGACCUGGUGGCCCGGAGAGUUGCUGAGCAUGCUGAAAUUGUAGGAGCUGAAGAAGCUGUCCCUGAUCCAGAGAGGGAAUGUUCUUGGACGACUGCAAUCGUUUCACUUCCAACCGAGAUGCCGGAGGAUGGGAACGAGAUCCAGGAGAACGGUGAGGAGCACGUGGUGGAGUUCAGCGUCACCGUGGUGGAUGCCGGCUACAGCGCUCUGCUCCACUCUGAGUUCCCCCAGUACCGCCGGAUCACCCAGGAUCUCAAACAGCGGAUGCUUCAUGUUUUCCAAAAAGUUCCAGGAUUCAAAGAAAUACGAGUUCUAGGAUUUAGGUCUGAAGACGUGUCGGUGCGCUGCGCCGUGGUCUUCAACGGCCACACCGAGCUCGGGGAAGGUUCGGAGGUCUUGGUGGAACCGGGUUCCGCCGUGGAGGAGAACCCCAACGGACCCAAGCUGAAGUACAUCGUGGCCAAUGCCUUGAGGCAGGAGACCUCCCUGCCUCUGGACCUGCAAACCCUCAGCUUUGAGGCCGUGAGCACCAUCUACCCCGGAGACGGAGCGGACAGUGAGGCCCUCCUCCCUAUCCCAGAGGAGGGAUCCGUCCCCGUGACAACCGCCACUCCAGGGUACCGCCCCACCCUGGCCGCAGUGCUCCACAACUCCCUGGAAGAGUUCCCGGGGGGGCCGGACACUCUGCCCUUCACCCUCCCCAUCCCGAGCGCCGAACCAGACGUCGCCGUAGCGACCGUCAGCGGCAGCGGUUCUGCGUCGGCUUCCGCUGGCGAGGAAUCGGCAGAGGAAGAGAGCGCUGAGACGCCCGCAGUAGAAGAAGAGGCCCAGGAGGUGUUAACGGGAGAGAGCCCUACCUCAGGGGGAAGCGGGGAACGUGAGGCGGACACGACUCAACCUGAAGUUCAGGUCACCCAAGCCCCAGUGGAGGACCUGGACCCGCCGGGAGAGGUGGACCCCGUGGACACGUCCUCUCCUGGACCCCCAUGGAUCUCCUCAACAGAACCCCUCAUGGCCGAGGCCAUAGAUGGCCUCAUGGGGGCACCUCACUGGGGCAGUGAGGAACCGGAGGAGACCCACGGGGCGGUCCGACCACCCGGUCCCACCGACGGCACCAACGCGAUCGAGGAAGAGGAGGAGGAGAAGGAGGAGGAGGAGGAGCCGGUCCACAGCGGCGGGGUGACUCCGCCUCUGAUGGAGGGGCCCGUGGCUGUGGUCCCCGACGGACAGGACGAGGAGAGCGUUACCGGGACGGAGGCGCGGGUCACAGCAGGAGAGGAGGACAGCGGCAGCGGGUUUCCCGCCCAGUCGGACGAGCGGCCGCAGGAGUCGGGGGCGACGCCGGCGGCGAGGCAGAUGAGCGCUGGGCCCCUGGGGACCGCCCUGGACCUCAACAAGGAGUUAGUGGUGUUCUUUAGCUUGAGGGUCACUAACAUGAUGUUCUCCGACGACCUGUUCAACAAGAACUCUGCCGAGUACCGAUCUCUGGAGAACACCUUCCUGGAGCUGACGCAGCACUCAUCUAGCGAGCGGAGGGCAUUCCCCGGAGCCUCCAGUAAGUCUGGGCCACGACUGCGGACCCUAGCCUCCAUCCCGCUCCUCCCCUACCUGCAGUCCAACCUGACGGGCUUCAAGCAGCUGGAGAUCCUGAACUUCCGUAACGGGAGCGUGGUGGUGAACAGCAGGAUGAAGCUGGACCGGCCCGUCCCCUACAACGUGACCGAGGCGGUCCACUGCGUCCUGGAGGAGUUCUGUGGCGGCGCCGCCAAGAGGCUAGACAUCAAGAUCGACAGCCGCCGCCUGGACAUAGAACACGAGGACCAGGCGGACCCCUGUAAGUUCCUGGCGUGCGAUGAGUCCUCGCGCUGCGUGGUGAACAGCUGGACGGGGGAGGCGGAGUGUGUCUGUGAGCCUGGCUACCUGGCCAGCGGCGGCCGGCCCUGCCAGAGCAUCUGCACCCUGCAGCCGGACUACUGCCUCAACGACGGCGUCUGCCACAUCGUCCCCGGGCACGGCGCCACCUGCAGGUGCCCUGUGGGCCGAUCCUGGCACUACCACGGGGAGCGCUGCACUGAGCUGGUGUCCACCCCGCUGGACCCCUCCCUGAUCGCGGGCUGCCUGGUGGCCAGCCUCUGCCUGGUGGGCAGCGUGCUUGCCAUCCUCCUCUUCGUCAACAAGAAAUGCGUUCAGACCAGGAAGGCUGUGACGCUGGUAUCCCCAGGCAACUCUACUCCAGCAGAACCCAGCGGUUAGUCUCUGGAACGGUGGACUUCCAUCACUGCACACCUCACAAUGAGCUUUAUGAUGCCUGCAAAGGUAAGAUGCAUGAUCAGUGCUGGGGGUCUCAAUAAGGGUCUGUUUCUCUUUCUGUAGUCUGUCAUCACUGUCCCGGUAUUUACCCUGCAGAUUAGAGACCAGAUCAGUGAAACCAAUCCAUAAACGACUUCCAAUCCUAGAACCAUAUCUAAGCGAUCCAAUCAUGAUUUACUGCCAAUAAAGACGCACCGAAUGAUCACUAGAGUACAACCAAAAAACAAAACCAUUUCCUUUUUCCUUUCUGCUCUGUCCCAAAUGUAUUUGAAAUAUACUGAUUCCUUCCAUCAUCCGUCAUCCAUACAUAUGUGUUCUGCUUUCUCGUAGACGCUGCGACCAGCAAGUCACAAGUACAGGACGUGUGUUCACGCCAGGCCUCGGGAGAGAGAGCUUAUUGACGUUUCAGUCCUGUGAAGAUCUCCUCUGUAGACAACGCACCUUUAACAAACAAAUUAAGUAAUACGCUCACUCUUAAUGUUUCCCUGUACAGUAUUUAAGAAAUGUUCAUUAUGAGAGUAGGCCUGGCGUGUAAAGGUUUGUAGUGCUGUGUCUUAGACAGAAAGAGCCUGUGGUCCCUGGAGAGGUAGAUAUAUGUGGAACCUAAGAUGUAUUUCUACUGUAUGUUUGGUGUUGUAACCUGAAGAUGUGGAUCUAUGUGGAACCUAAGAUGUAUUUUUACUGUAUGUCUGGCAGGUAGAAGAGUCUCCUGUACACCUUGAUUAAGGAUGUUGUCUUUCCUCACAAUGAGGCUUUUAUAAACAACAUGAUUCUGAUUCUAACUGAAGGUUGGAGGCGUGCAUUGCUGUGUGUUGUUUAAUGUUUCUCAGAGCCCUGUAAGAGUGUACAUACUGAUCAUCUUGGAGAGUCAACUGGAAUUGGAAAAAAUUGAAUUCUGUCCUGCUGUGUGUAAACAACGUCAGCCGUUUGGGUUUUUCGAAAGCUGGAUGUCAACAAACGAUCCUGCAACAUCCGGACAUUUUUGUACAUUUUACAUUUUGCGGCAAAGAAUAAACUAUUUUUGGUAAAAAAGUGAAA